CUUCGAAGUACCCAAGUGCUCGAAAGUUGUUUCCUUUGUGUCUGUCUGUGUUUCUCAAAACCCUUCUAAAGAUCUAAUCUUUACAUUCUUUUUCAACUCUUCAAAGAAGAAAGAAAUUCCCCAAAAGGAUGAAAAUUGGAUUCCAGGAAUUUGUUGCUGCUAUAUUGCUGGCAUUCUUGUGUUGUCCAAAUGCAGUGUUUGGGAUUAGAUUCGUGAUCGACAGAGAAGAAUGCUUCUCUCAUAAUGUUAAGUACGAGGGGGAUACGAUUCAUGUGUCGUUCGUUGUCAUUAAGUCUGAUUCAACUUGGCAUUCUAGUCAUGAGGGUGUUGAUCUCGUGGUGAAGGGACCUACUGGUGAUCAGAUUCAAGAUUAUCGUGACAAGAUAAGUGACAAAUUUGAGUUUGUUGCUCAUCAAAAAGGAGUACAUCGUUUCUGCUUCAGUAAUAAAUCUCCUUACUAUGAAACGGUCGACUUUGAUGUACACGAAAGUCAUUUUACAUACUAUGAUCAGCACGCAAAAGAUGAGCAUUUUAACCCUUUGUUAGAACAAAUAUCUAAGUUAGAGGAAGCUCUUUAUAACAUUCAGUUCGAGCAGCACUGGUUAGAGGCUCAGACAGAACGGCAGGCAAUAGUAAAUGAAGCUAUGAGUAAAAGAGCAGUUCACAAGGCCAUUUAUGAAUCUGCAGCACUAAUUGGAGCAAGUGUUCUGCAAGUUUACCUACUCCGACACCUUUUUGAACGGAAGCUUGGGAUGUCCCGGGUUUAGUUUAAGCGCUACGAUGCAAUGUUUUAUUGGCUAUAGGAUCAUGCAGACUGUUGUAAUCUGAGGCAUUUAAUAUACAUGUACAGAAUCCUUGAAUUCGGAUACAGUUUUUUCUUAUGGUCGAGCCUUGAUUGAGCUUUAGAUCAAUAAAGCAUGAGUUUCAAGUUAUUUCCGCUUUAAA